AGGGGUAACUUACGGAGUAGUUAGACCCUGAAGCCUCAUCCAGCUGGAAUUAUUCCAUUCGGCUCCGCACGAGGACCAGAAGUCGAAUGCUUCUCCGCAGGGAUAAGAAGCAGUAAUAAGAUAUCGACGGCCAGUAUCUUUUUGGAAAACUAUACUGCGGAAAAAGUACUUCAACAAUGUCAGUAAAAGGCAAAGUCGCUAUUGUCACAGGCGCUGGCCUGGGGUUGGGCAGAUUGUACGCCCUUGCUCUUGCUGCACGAGGAGCAAAGGUUCUGGUAAACGAUUAUGGUGGCAGCCUGGAAGGAAAGGCGGGCACUAUCACGAGAGCCCAGUCUGUUGUUGACGAGAUAAAGGCCUUGGGAGGGACCGCAGUGGCUCACAACGGAGAUGUCUCCAGGGACGCAAAGGAUAUCGUGCAAGCAGCGGUCGAAGCAUUCGGCAGGGUCGACAUAUUGAUCAACAAUGCAGGAAUCACUGGCAAAAUCUCUCCGCACGAUGAUGUUGACGGUGCAGCAUUCAUGCGUGUACUCGAAAUCUCCGUCCUAGGUACAUCGCUGGUGACAAGCGCGGCGUACUCAGUUAUGGCAAAGCAGCACUACGGGAGAAUCGUCAACGUGUCUUCUAAUGCGAUCUACGGCUUCGGUGCAGGGGGUGACUGUGCGUACGGUGCAGCCAAAGGAGCUGUUUUCGCCAUAUCCAGAGAAUUGGGCAGAUGGUCGGAGAGGGACGGAAUCAAGAUCAACUGCAUCAUGCCGUCGGCAGCGUCAAGGAUGACAGACCUCUCCGAGGGCACGAAGAAGCUCACUGAGACAUACUUUCCACCAGAGGGAGUCGUGCCAUUCGUAGUCGCGCUCUGCGCGGAAGAAUGCCCAACUUCUGGCGAGGUUUUCACAGCUAGUGCCAAUCGAGCUGCUAGAGAGACGCUGGCCACAUUCCCAGGUGUCAACUCUGACAAGCCAGAGGAGUAUUUAAAACAGUGGGACAAGGUGAUGGGCAAGGGAGAUACUCCGCAUCUGGCUGACAGCACGAUGGACCAAGUCAAGUAUAUCGUCCGCCAAGCACACGGCGUAGAGAUGGAAGAUAUAGCCGAAUUUGGCAUUGCUGGGAAAUGAAACGGGUGCUUGAACCUAUCUACUAUUCUAACCUGUUUACGGUAGUCCCCAAGGUUCCUCCAGGCCGCAUUUUCAGCGUAUGUGAUGUUGGCUGUGAGACGGGGCUUUGGGAACAGAUCAUAUCCUAGGACCUAAGUCUAUGGGCACGUGAACGGGCGGACUCGGGCACUGCC